CUGACGUCACGCUCAGAGCGUCAGCCAACGCGUGUUUCAGAAUAAAAGGGCUUUUUGCUGCGGGUUCCUCGUGCGGUCUGCGGUGUUUUCGGAGUCAGCAGCAGGAUGUCGACCACGUCCCAGAAACACCGGGACUUCGUGGGCGAGCCGAUGGGCGACAAAGCGGUGACGGCGCUGUCGGGAAUCGGAGAGAUUCUGGGGAAGAAGCUGGAGCAGCAGGGCUUCGACAAGGCCUACGUGGUUCUGGGUCAGUUCCUGCUGCUGAAGAAAGACACUGAGAUGUUCACCGAUUGGCUGAAAGACGCCAGUGGCGCCAACUCGCGCCAGGCGGGAACCUGCGCUCAGUGUCUGAAGGAGUGGUGCGACGCCUUCCUCUGAGACUCCUCCUCUUCCUGUUCCUGUUCCUCCCCGGCUUGCUCACUUCCUGUUUUCUGGAGCGCCGAUCCAAGCAGGUUACCGCUGUCUGACGGCGGUUGGGAAGCGUCCCGAUGGACUUUGGGCUUCCUUCGUGUUUCUCCUGUUUCUUUCGGGAACGUUUCCACGAAGCUUUGUGUUUGUCUGCGGAGGGUUUGGUGUGUUCAGGGUCUGUGGGAACCUUUAAGCUUGUGACACAUUAAAUCAACGUCUGCGUAUUA